GGGUUUCAACGGGAGCCGGGCGUCGCGGGCCCACCUGGUCCCUGCGGGCGAACAACCGUCCUUUCCGUUCCCAAUUCGCACAAAGCACCAAGCAGGACCAAGCGCUGAAUCCCCAACCCCACCAGCUGGACAUAACCAUCUCCCAUUUCUUCUUUUCUGUGAUUCUAUUGCUCGCUUUCUUGGUGUUGAUUGGUUCUUGCGGUCGAACAGCAGGCCUUCUCUCUUCCCAAUCUAUUCUUGCCAAGACGAUGGCAGCCGAAACUCCGAGGAGACCAGCUCUCUUCUGAAGGACCAGAAAAGGGAGGCAGAGGCAGAGGCAGAUCUGUGCAUUGCAGCCUGUCAUGUUAAAGUGAUUCACAGCUGAGAAUCCAUCCAUCUCUCUUAGCUUCAGCCAAGGGAACAGUGAUGGAAUUCUAUAGAUCAUCGUGAAAGAUGAUUGCACGGAAGUGAAGCAGAUUGAAUUGCCACAUUAGAUAUUUGUAAUCAUGCCUUCCAUUAUAGAAACAAAAAUCACAAAGGAUGCAGAACCCAAGGUGAUGGGGUUUAAUUCACUGGACAAGAGAAGUUCGCUUCAGCAUCAGUCCCCAAAAUUAUCGAAAGAGAGGGAGUUAACCCCCAGGCAAAGCAGGAGUAUGAAGUUGCUAGAGAAGGAUAAGGCCUUGAAAGCUACAAAGUUCAAUGGACUAACAAGUUCAGAUCACAAUGCUGUGAAGGGGGGCUUGGUCUCACCUAUGCCCUUGCGGAGCUAUCAAAAGCCAUGGCCUGGUAGGAAAUCUACUGGGAUUGAAGACCCAGUAAAACACAUGUCAAAUGUUCCAAGUUUUCUCCAACACAUGGAGAGAGGAUAUGAUGUUCAGGAGAAGGCGCUGAAUUUUGGAGUCCUUGAUUGGGGACUUCUUGAGAAAUGGACUUACCAGCAGAAACACAUCAUUAAUGGGAGAAGUGGAAAUUCUUCAUCUAGUAGUAAUGAGUCCUCUUCAUUUUCGACAUUUGUAUCAUCUUCCCAAUCUUGUAGAAGCACAGCCAGCCCUCUUUCUCAAACAAAGCUCUCUGUUCUUAUGGAUGGUCAUGGAAAUUCAUCUAUUAUAAGUUGCCAAAAUAAGUUGAUGGAGGAGGAAAUAUCUGGGCAUGUUUUGUGUUUUUCUGAUCCAGAAACUUCACCCUUAAAGUUCCCUUCUGGGCAUGACCAGCAUCUUGAUUCAGAUUAUGGUACCAGUACUGAUUGUUUGCAGCUCAAGAGUGAAAAAGACAGAGAAUGUUCUGAUGGCAAAGCCAUAUUCCAGAAUGUAUCCCAACCUCCAGAUGUUGGCAAUUCAUGUUCAACAUACAAAAAUUAUAAUACCCCAGAUUUUACACAUAAGGCUGCACAGGCACGAGAUUGUGGAUCAAGUAAAGAAGCAAGGUAUCAGGGCUACCAUAACAGCCUACUCUUGGCCAAAGAUUGGCUAGGAAAACAAUGCUUAGAUGAAUCACCAAAGAAAGAAGGCUUGUGGGAACAUCUACAGCAGAGUCUUCGUGCAAAAGACAAAAGCUUUGAGUUCUCUGUGUCUGAUGAUGGAAGGUCGGCAGAGAAAACCCAGAACAGUCCUUCAAAUAGCUCGCCUGAGAUUGUCCAAUCUACCUUACUAUCUCCUCAUGUUCCCCACUCAUGUCCACUCCCUUGUUCCAUUUUGGCUGACGAACCUUUUUCAGCUGGUAUUCUUCUGCAAGAAAAUGAAGUAGCAACCACUAAAUCACAUUUUACUGGAUAUUCUUGUGAUCAAUCUGCAUUUAAGGCAGAUAGAUUAGGUCAAGGUGAAGCAAAAGCAGCCAGUGUUACAGGAAGAAAAUUGCCUAACCAUCUAUCCAGUGCAGGGAGCAGAAGUUCUGGUUUACAGGUAAAACAAUCAAAGUCUAUUGCCUGCCCAGAUAAAACUGAUAGAGAUAAAACCAGCGCUAAUAACAGAGGUAGGCACAGUCCAUUGAGGAGGUUGCUAGAUCCAUUGCUAAAGCCAAAGCAUCACAUGAAAACUUCUGCUCCAGUUGUAGCCCUGCCUAUUCACCACUCUUAUGAAUUAAAUGAUGCUUAUAGGCCUCAUAUAUCGGAAGAGUUAGCAUUAUCACGUGUGCCAGUCAAAUCAUUGGAUACAGGCAUUAAUUCCAAUUGGCAGGUAAAGGGAAACCCGAACUCCUCAAGGCCGGUGCGCGCCAACAGCGGUGGGUCACUUCAAGGUAAGGGGCAGGUGGCAUCAAUGAGACAUGCACUUCUGCAACUUGCUUGGAAGAAUGGUCUGCCUUUGUUUAUGUUUUCAUCCGGUGACAGUGAUAUUCUCUCAGCUACAAUAAGGAAGAAAUGCGUCUCAGAUAAAGACAGUUGUGAAUGCAUUUAUACAAUUUUCUCUGUUCAUGAAGUUAAGAAGAAAAGUGGGGUGUGGAUUAACCCUGGAAGCAAGAGUAGAAAGCAUGGCUUGCUCUCUGAUGUUGUUGGCCAGAUAAAGGUUUCAUGUUCCAAGUUGGCCAACCAUGAUUCCAAGAGUCAUAAUGUCAUGAGAGAGUUUGUUUUGCUUGGUGCUGAACCAUUAGCAACAUCCCACAAACCUGUUGGUUCCCCAUUCAUCACAGAGCUCUUAGCUGUCAUUGCUGAAGUUCCUCAGGAGAGGCCAGAAAGUCAUAACAUUAAUGUACUAUGCUGCAGCAAAUGCAGGUACUCAUCACCAAUGAAUUCGGCAGAAAAUUUAUGUUCCUGCUGUGGACAAAAUGGUCUGCAGAUUGAGCAGAGGAAUGAUGAUUCAAAUUUACCUACUCUCACAGCCAUACUUCCAAGUGGGGUUCAUGGCUUGUCAGACAGAGGAGAGCCAUCCCCUUUGAUCCAAAGAUGGAAAUCUGGUGGAACAUGUGAUUGUGGAGGUUGGGACGAGGGUUGUUUGCUAAUGAUUUUAACUGACAAGUUUCAAGGGAAUAGGAGCCCUUCUCCAGCCAAAGCUUGUUGCAACACAGAUGGCACUCACCGAUUUGAAUUGUUCAUUCAGGGAAAAUCUCUUGAAAACAGACAUGCCUUCAGCAUGAUUUCCUUCAAAGAGGGCCUGUAUACUGUUGAUUUCAGGGCACCCAUUGCUUUAUUGCAGGCUUUUGCGAUUUGUAUAGCAACCCUCCACAGCAGGAAGCCUCGUCACUCAGUGGAAGCACCUGCCUUGCAGGAACACAUCUUUGCUGAACUUGCAAGGAGUUCUGAGAUAUUGCAGGAGGAGAUCCUGCAAGUAAUGCACCAAACCAUCCAACUCUUUUCUCUGUCGGAAGGGCUUAAUUGCCUCGCUGAUCAUUGGAGUGAGGGGCAUGGUAUUUCAGUUGUGCUCCUUCCAGCUACUUACGAGUUGAUAGUGAUGGUGGAUGGAUCAUCCCCCUAGUUACAGCUAGCCUAUUUUGGUAAAUGUUACAGCUAUCUUCUAUUUGCUAACAUAUGGUACCAGAGCUAGAGAAGAUGACCCCUGUGUGGCCAAAAUGUGCAUUACAAAGGUUGGCAUCCUAUUGUUCCUGUUUCUACUUAAACUUGGUUUCCUUAUGUUGCUGUAUCAAUUUUAACAGCAGUAGAAAAAACUUUGUCGGAAUAGGAGUUAAGGAAUCUUGGUGUCAUAUUGCCUCAUUAGAAAAUUGGAAAGAUAUUUUUUUUACCCCCUCGAGUAGACCCCCUCCUGUUAAAAGGAAUCGGGUGGUAUCUUUUGUGUGAAAGAAUGAUUGAUUUUCUUUCAUGACCUCAACCACUGGAUUGUGCUUUGCACCUUUCAAAGCAUGAUGUGAGCUUUGUGAUUUGUCCUGUGGGUGGAUGCAAGAGGUUUGUCAUGCUUUGAAAGGUGUGCAAUGCAUGAUCCAGCGGUUGAGGUUGCAAAAGAAGAUUAAUCAUUCUUUCGCACAAAAGAUACAACUCGAACCCUUGUUAAAAAUAUUUUCAAUCGAAUCUUUCGAGGUAAUUUUCUGAUGCAGUGUCAUACAGCUAUGGCUUAGUCUCUUAGUGCUAUUAAUUAUAAGCAUUAAAAGUGAAGGUGCUUUUAGUUCCAAGAGGAUCUAGGGUGGUACUUGAGAAUUGUAUUAGGGUUAAAAGUCUAGAACUAAACCUCCUCUUCCCUUGCUGUUCUAAUCCAAGCAAAAUCGGCAAAGGUUGGCAUCCUAUUGUUCCUGUUUCUACUUAAACUUGGUUUCCUUAUGUUGUUGUAUCAAUUUUAACAGCAGUAGAAAAAACUUCAUCGGAAUAGGAGUUAAGGAAUCUUGGUGUCAUAUUACCUCAUUAGAAAAUUGGAAAGAUAUUUUUUUUACCCCCUCGAGUAGACCCCCUCUUGUUAAAAGGAAUCGGGUGGUAUCUUUUGUGUGAAAGAAUGAUUGAUUUUCUUUCAUGACCUCAACCAUUGGAUUGUGCUUUGCACCUUUCAAAGCAUGAUGUGAGCUUUGUGAUUUGUCCUGUGGGUGGAUGCAAGAGGUUUGUCAUGCUUUGAAAGGUGUGCAAUGCAUGAUCCAGUGGUUGAGGUUGCAAAAGAAGAUUAAUCAUUCUUUCGCACGAAAGAUACAACUCGAACCCUUGUUAAAAAUAUUUUCAAUUGCAUCUUUCGAGGUAAUUUUCUGAUGCAGUGUCAUACAGCUGUGGCUUAGUCUCUUAAUGCUAUUAAUUAUAAGCAUUAAAAGUGAAGGUGCUUUUAGUUCCAAGAGGAUCUAGGGUGGUACUUGAGAAUUGUAUUAGGGUUAAAAGUCUAGAACUAAACCUCCUCUUCCUUUGCUGUUCUGAUCCAAGCAAAAUCGGCAAAGAUGAAACAAGAUCUCCCACAAUCAAGCCAGAAAUUGAACCUAGAGAGCAUCUUUGGGUCAUUCCUUUAUCACGUCCUUAUCCUUUGAUCCUGCUAUUGAAAGACGAGCUCAUAGGUUCUGUUGAAAUUCAAAGAAAAAAUAUUUGUUUUAUCCUUUAUUGUUGAUAAAUAAGGCUCGGCCUAUGACAUUGCUCCUAAAUUUGCUUAGUGGCUAUAGGUAAAAUGUGGCUAUUUUAAUUAUUUAUGGUGGUGUUUGUUUGUUUUUUCUUUUUUCUUUUUUUAAUGUGGAUUUUGCUCUGUUUUGGGGAUUUGGUCUUCAUUUUUAUGACAAUGUAUAGGGAAUAUAUUCUCUUUGGACCUCUGAUAGCCUAUCUAUGCUAGUUGUUUGCAUGCUUUGAAACAAGAUGUAAUAGAUAUCUGAUGCUUCAAUAAAUUAUUGAUUAUCCCAAACUAUGGGAUGUUAUGUAGCAAUGGUGGUAAUUUAACUUUUAUUCUAUUGCAAUCAAAUGCUGAUGUGGCCCCAAGCAUGUUAAUCGUGGAUUGUGUAGUGGAAGUACUUUAGCUCUCUAAUUCAUGGAAAAUCAACAGCUAGUAUGGUCCCCAGCAUGUUAAUUGUGUAAUUUUAUCCUAAAUUAUUGUAGUCUCUCCAAUGUUAGCCAUUGAUUUUUAUGGUAAACUGACUCCCAUUAUUGGUGUGGCCCCUCACUUGUUAAUAAUAUUGUUGUUACCAAUAUAGCUUUUGUAUUGGAUUUUGGAAAUUUGUGUUUUUCCAAAGAAACUACUUUGGCCUUGGAAGCAUACUGCUUGUGCCUCCCCCGAGGGAUACUUCUCCAGCGACCAAUAACUAGACCAGGAUCAAGUGCAUAAAUCUAUAGUUCUUUAGGUCGUGGACUAAAGCAGAGAUAAACAUUUUGGAGUGAUAUUUAUGGGGCUUAUGACUGUAAUUUGGUUGAAGUAUGUUGAUGAUUUGCUUUUGUGCUAGUUCUGAAAUUUAGCAGGAAAAUAGUUAUGUUUCUGGUGGUAGUGUACAUUCUAUGAUAGUAAAUGUAAUUUUUGAUGAAUGGUUGCUAAUUUUUUUGACUAGGACGUGAAAAUAUUCAUGUAUGGUUAGAUAAGAAUAACAGGAUGUAUGGUGGGAAAUACUGGACUACUAAAUUUUUCUGAUACUUGAAAUCACAACAAAUUCACUGAUCUUGUA